AUGUUGUCAUCCUCAACCUCAAGGAUCACUUUCAUUUCUAGGUAUUCUCUUCUCCAAAUCCCUAAUUUUGUUUCCUUCCCUUCCUCUUCAUCCCUUCACUCUCAUUCUGAGCCCCCAUCCCUUCGUGAAGUUGAUGAAGCUGUUCAUUCCUUCACUCGCAUGCUCUCUAUGCGUCGCCCUCCAUCCAUCAUCCAAUUCACCAAGAUUUUGGGAUCUCUUGCCAAGACCAACCAUUUCUCCACCGCCAUUUCCCUUUUUCAGCAAUUGCAAGCCAGGGGAAUCGCUCCCGACUUAUUUACUUUGAGCAUCGUAAUUAAUUGUUGUUGUGGCAUGGGUCGUAUGACACUUGCUUUCUCUGUAUUGGCCAAGAUUUUCAGAAUGGAUUAUCAACCUGAUACGGUAACAUUGAAUACACUCGUUAAAGGUCUCUUUCUCUGUGGUAGUGUUGAAAAAGCAGUGAGCUUUCAUGACAGAGUGCUGGCUCAUGGAUUUCAGUUUAAUCAAGUCACUUAUGGGACCUUGAUCAAUGGGCUCUGUAAGACCGGACACACGUCAGCUGCUAUUCAAGUGUUUAAUCAGUUUCAUGUACAGCGCAAUUAUUGA